CCAAAAAGUCAAUAACAACACCACGAAAGCCUUACGGAGCAGCUACAACGGCCAUAGACCAUACAAAUGGACUUAAUCAGACAUGAAAUCUGCUCACAGUCCCUAUGACUCGGCAUAAUCUUGAGAGUCAUAUUUCUUGGUUGUUAUCGCGCAAAGUCAAACCGGCAUCAGGCGUGAACGCCGGAGUCCAGACCUAUUCUACUGGACAUGAAUCUGUGAAUGCGAACGCCGUAGAAGAGGAAGCAGACCUGGAUAUCCCGAGAGCAGCACCGAGUCCGCCUCAGCACCAGAGGCCUGCACAUGUUGUCAAUGUCGUUGAAACUUUCGCCAGGCCAGCCCUCCCCGCAUCGGUGACAGCAAAAUCACACCUACAAGACUCCAGACAGGUUUCGACGAACGAGUCAAUGGGUAGACUAUCUUCAACAACAAGGCCAUCGCGGCCUAGUCUUAUGAGCCAGCAUCAAUUGGCGACUCCAGCAUCUACAACUUCAUCCACAGCAGCUUCAUGUACUUCGCUAAGCUCAAGUUAUAUGAAUCUUUUGAAAGGACAAGACUCUCCUACCUCGAGACAAUCGGCGAGCCGCUCCUUACCACCAAAGAUCCAGAAAUCCCUACAGACACAAACACAUACUCCACGAACCCCUCGGCAAACUCCCCGCCCAAAGCCGGGAUCGAGGCUCGACACAAUCGAUUCCGUAGACCUAACAAAUGACGAAGAUGGCGGAAAUCGUGCACCUGGAUCUAGCAGCUCGGUCGAAGUGUUUGGAGACCCUAUACGUCUAUGGCGUGAAGACUCGGCCUCCAGAGCUGAGCCUUUGCCCAGGUCGUCUAGGAAGCGCAAAAGCCUUGAAAUGUCCCCAAGACGAUCCAAAAGAACCGACAGCUAUGAACGACAAUAUGUGAAGACUGUGCGGGGCCAGUACUCGAAUGCUAAUGACUUUGUGGACAUCGACGAUGUGCUUCCAUCGCAAUCAACGCGCCCGCUGUUCCAGCCGUCCUGCAGCAAAGCUGCAAAGCCCAGUGUCGAUUCUCUAAUGGAGCAAAACGAUAUUGAAGAGGUACAAGUGACUGAGACUAUCAGUAGAAUUGAGACUCGGACGCGAAAGAGUGCCAGUCGAGUCUCGUCUACUGUUGAUGAUCCAUCAACUCGGCCACAGUUAGGAGAUUCAAGUUAUCUUCCUACCUCUGCACAGGCAUCGCCAGUAAUGAGCCCACUUGCAAAGGUGCAGGUUGCUGCUUCGCCAUUGAGAAGAGUGAAGUCCCCCACACUCUCUUCGCCACAUACACCACAUAAGACUCCGAAACGUCGAACUCGGACGAUCAUUCGAGACUCUGAGGACGACGAAUACUCUGAUGUUGAGAAACGAAUUAGCUCCUCUCCCCGGAUCGCAAUCAAGAACAGCCCUCGUUUGACCGGGUCGCAAGCAAACUCUAAGAUGGAACGUGUCCCAGCAUCUGAGCAGAACGACCCCAGACUGAGGGACUACAAGAACGUGAAGCCAAGGACCGGCAGUCCUCUACGUCCAAUCUCACGGAACCUCUCAGUGAGAUCAGAGAAUAGACAGUCUCCUUUUCAGCGGGACUCGCCAACAAAAGUGGCGUUUGCAAAACAUGUUCCACCCCCAUCUGACCAACAAAUGCCACGCUCGUCUCUAGGUGUGGAUGAUCGGAAGUUAGUUAUGUUCUAUCUAACUCGACCAUCAGCAAUAGACCUAUACCAUCAACGAGUUCAGAAUUUGCUCGCUCAAAAUGCAAUCGCGUCGAUGUCGUUCGUGGACAAGGGAGACGUUGCACCUAUGCAAUUGAAAUCUGAACGCAUAGCUUUGCUAGAUAUGGGGAAGGCCUACUCUUCGCUGGCCGAACUCCAAGCGGGAUGGCAGAUUUUGAUGCAUGAGAAGAAGAAGUUGGCAAAACAGGUCUACGAGCUUCUUGAGCGUAAUGCUGACACAAGCCAUCAAGAAGAGAGGCAAGCUUCGGUCAAUCAGGAGAUCAAGAGGACUGAGCUAGACGUGGCUAGGUUCUUGCAUGAAUCGGGGGCCAUAAGGGAUGGCUUUGGGACAGAAUCAAACCAAGAGGCUUCUACUCAGUCCGGUGAGGCCAAGCGGAAAGCAAACAUUGGGCCGCUACCCUCGGGAUCCAGUACUAUCGGGAGUGCUCAGAUCAUCAUGCAAACUCAAUUUCCGUCAAUUCAACUCAGCUCGACAGCUACUUCCAAUCCUCAUUUCCCGAAGGAAAUGCCCACACAGUCUACUUUGGGACUUCAUUCUGCAAUUUCAUCAAAUGUUUGCUUACCGCCGCCGUCUCCGUCCCCGACCCGACAGUCUGUGCAGUACACAUCGCUCGCGGAGUCCCAGCCGACAAAUUUCAAGAAAGUGUGGCCAUCCCCGGAGAAAGUAAAGCAGCCAAACUUCUAUCAAGAAACCCCGCCCUUCAAUUUCGAUGAUUUCAAUGAUGAUGAGCUUGACGAGUUUCUGGCGGAUGAACCAGAGCAUGAUGGCCACGUCAGAGCUCAAGAAGAGGUGCCAUAUGGCAUUGAGGACGAUUACGGCGACAGUGAGGAUGACAAUGAUUUUGUUGAGAUGGCUCAGGAGGUCGAGAAGCGUCAAUCUCUGCCGAGCACAUUGCCAAAGCAGUCAAGGUACACUGUGCUUUCCGAACCUGCUCCAACGAUGUCUUCCAAACCCAGCAGUACGGCAGAUGGAAAGACCAUGUACUCGCAUGUCGAUGAGGAUCAAAGCAACAUGUUCGACCACCCAUGGUCAGAGGAAGUCAAAAAGGUGUUGAGGGAACGUUUCAAGCUGAAGGGUUUUCGUCGACAUCAAUUAGAUGCUAUAAAUGCCACUCUGAGCGGGCAAGAUGCAUUUGUUCUGAUGCCCACAGGAGGAGGAAAAUCACUGUGCUACCAGCUACCAGCUGUUGUCAAGACUGGGACGACAUGCGGAGUAACGAUUGUGAUUUCGCCACUUCUGAGUCUCAUGAACGAUCAAGUACAACAUCUACGUGCGGUCAACGUUCAAGCUGCAACUCUGAACAGCGAUACUCCCGACCCCGAUAAAAGACAGAUCUACAACUUUCUCAGGGAGGAACGCCCAGAACAUUACAUCCAGCUUCUUUACAUUACUCCAGAGCUGAUCAACAAAAGUACAGCCAUGAUUAAUGCAUUGACACGUCUUUAUAAGAAGCGCAAGCUUGCUCGCUUUGUUAUCGAUGAAGCACAUUGUGUCAGUCAAUGGGGACAUGACUUCAGACCUGAUUACGUGGCUCUUGGAAAUGUGCGAACACAGUUCCCCAAGGUCCCAUUGAUGGCUCUGACAGCUACUGCAACCGGCAAUGUCAAGUUGGACAUCAUGGAGAAUCUGAAGAUGCGCAAAUGCCCCAUUUUCGUGCAAAGUUUCAACAGGCCAAAUCUACAUUAUGAAGUACGAUUGAAGAAGGGCAAGGGCGUUAUGAGCAAAAUGGUCAUAGAAAUCGCAGAUCUUGUCAAAAACAAGUACAAAAAGCAAACUGGAAUUAUUUAUGCCCUGUCACAGCGGGGUUGCGAAGAACUUGCAGAAAAGCUAGUCAAAGAGCACCAGAUUAGGGCGCACCACUUUCAUGCAGGUAUGACGCGCGAGGAAAAAUCAAGCGUCUUAGACGAGUGGCAGACUGGUAAGAUUCAAGUGGUUGUCGCUACAAUUGCAUUCGGAAUGGGCAUUGACAAACCCGAUGUCCGAUUUGUGGUUCACUCGUCUGUUCCCAAAAGUCUGGAAGGAUACUAUCAAGAGACGGGCCGAGCAGGAAGAGACGGAAAGAAAUCCGGAUGCUAUCUUUACUUUGGCUAUCAGGAUGUCUCCAUGCUGAAGGGCUUCAUUGACAAAAGUGAAGGCAGCGAAGAGCAAAAGCAGCGUCAGAGAUCGAUGCUUCAACAAAUGAUCCAGUACUGCGAAAAUCGGUCAGAUUGUCGCAGAUCACAAGUUCUAGCUUAUUUUGGGGAGAAGUUUGUGAAGAAAGACUGCCAUCGUACCUGCGACAACUGCUGCUCUGACGCCGUCUUCGAUAUAGUAGAUUUCACGGACUAUGCCAAAGCCGCUAUGAGGGUUGUCAAACAAGUUCAGCUCUACUCCUUCACAAUGCUCAAUUGCGUAGAAGUCCUGCGUGGUACUGGUGGAGCCAACGCAAAGCUACGCCGGAUGGAAGGCAGCAUCGCAGAGUUCGGUGUCGCAAGUAAAGUGGCUCGGAGCGAAAUCGAGCGGCUCUUUUACAGGCUCCUCUUGGAAAGGGCUAUCAUGGAAGACAGCGUUAUGAAUAAGAGCGGGUUCGCAUCUGAUUAUGUCAAGCUUGGACCAAAUUGUCGUGACUACAUGACGGGAAAGCAGAAAAUCUAUCUUACUGUGGAAGUUCCAGGAUCAUCUCUUGCAAAUCAGAAGUCUCAAGGUGUUCCAAAAUAUCCUACAUCAACGAUGCUAACAUCCCCAAUUUCUGCCGCUGCAUGGAAAUCAAAAGCGAAUAAUCCGGCAAGUAAAGGCGCGGGCUACGAGCGCGACGAUUUCGUUGUCUCGGAUGACGAAAGCGACACCGAGGAAGAUGCAUUUGAGUCAAUGAAAGGAACUAGAUGUCAAGCAUUGAAUACUCCAGUCAACAGCUUCGCUAGCCCAAUCACAAUAGAUCAGCGUAUGGCGGGCUUGCAUGAGAUCCAUCGUGCUGUGGUCCAUGAGUUUGUACCAAAAGCAAAAUCUCUUGAAGAGAAACUGCGAAAUAAGGCAGGCGCCAGGAGAGCUUUCUUCACGGAAAGCAACUUCCGAGAUAUGGCGAUCAGCUUCACAACGACUUUGGAUGCAAUGCGCCAAAUUCCUGGCAUCAAUGUUGAAAGGGUGGAUACAUAUGGGAAACAUUUCACUUCUUUGAUCAAGCAAUUCCAAACCGGCUAUGAGGAGGCCAUGGGAGGUGCCAAGCAGCAGGACCAAGAUGAAGAUAUGGAUACGAAUCACCAGAAUGUGAUAGAUCUUGUCACAGAUGAUGAAGGUGUGGACGACGAAGAUCAGGGUAUAGACGAGGAGGAUGACGAUUUUGAAGUCGAUGAAGAAACUGAAGCUGCUAUGCAGCUGGCUGAAAGAUCACGAUAUUUUGAGGAGUCCAGUAACGGCCCAUUUUCGAGAAACGGCUCCACAAAUUCUGCGUCAACAGGGCAAAGCCGUGCUGGCAGUACUUAUCGGGGUCGAGGUAAGAGUAGAGGGGGAAAGAGAUACAAGCCAAGGACAAGCACUGGUUCUGCGUCUGGUCAAAGCACUUCUGGAGUGAGGAAGAAAAGCUGGCCUGGGCAGAGGAAAUCUCGAGCCAGGAAGACGAGUGGUCUGAAAUUUGCUCAGCAGAGCGGAAGGGCUGGUGGUAGUGGAGGGAUGAGUAUUGGGAUGAUGCCGACAUGAAAUGCCUGGUUACUGGAGUCGCCAUUUGAAAGACUUAUUUUUCUUGCUUGAGAUAAUUGGUAUACGGGCUACAAGGAGUUAUCUGUCAUAGCACAGGGGCUAGGAUUUUGGGUUUCGGGAGCUCUGAGCAGCGGGUUUUGGUCAUGCUGUGUCACACCAUUCAUGGUAUUGGUAGCUUCUUCUUGGGUGCUACUAUGCUCAUGCAUCAUGAGAAGCAAGAAUUUCGAAGUACAUUGUCAUUUUUAUUGAAGUACUAGCUUCUUGAGAUAAGCCUAACUGCUUCUGAGCACAGAAUUAAGACACUUUCAGCACCAUUCUGUGCUCUUAUCAAGCACUGCUGUGCGCCCUAAGCAAUGUAAGGACCUGACGGUGGAUGUCUAGGAGCUAUUCAGCCAGGGCAAAGCUCCAACGUAUUAGACGAAAAUAAAGAUAUGAUUUGGUACAACAUCCUGCC